AUGAAACCGUGUGUCCUGUUUUGUGUUUUCUUCACAUGUUUUGUUGCCAGCAGUCUCACUGGGGCCAGAGUCAUUCCUCAAGGCGUUCCUUAUGAUGAACCCCUGGCCUUGCCCUAUUGGCCAUACUCAACCUCUGACUUCUGGAACUACGUUGAAUACUUCCGUAGCAUUGGAGCCUACAACCAUAUCAAUGAAAUGGCCAGGGCUUUCUUUGCCCAACAGCAUCUCGGGGACACCCUGGGAUAUCACGUGGCUGAGCACAAUGAGCGUUAAGACAACAUGAAUACUGUCU